AAUUUAUAUUUUUAAUCGGUACAUGGAUGAACACAAUACGGGUAAAAUAAGUUGAUUUAGUAUCAUUAUUAAGUGACGUAUACAGACACAUAGACAAAUGUCAACAACAGCAGAAAGUGAAGUGAAAAUGUCCUUUGAAGAUUUAAGGAAACGAGCUCGACAGUUAGAGAGUGAAAUAGAUGUUAAGUUGGUAUCCUUCAGUAAAAUAGCUGCCAGUUAUGGAUCAAAUUCGGCAGCCAAUGCAAACAGUGAAACUGUGGCCCUGCUCUCAGGGGACCAAAUGUAUGAGACGAUUUCAGUAGAGUUGGAGCAGCUGUUGGCCAGCCUCACAGACAUAAACGAAAGAAUGAACAGUUGUCCUCAUGGGUCUUCAGUUGCCACCAUACACACCCUACAGCGCCACAGGGACAUUCUUCAGGACUAUACACAUGAAUUUCAACGCACAAACAAUGCCAUAAAAUCAAGAAGAGAGCGAGAACAGUUGCUCGGUAGUGGGAGGAACAACAGCAAGAGUCUGUCCGGUCUCUCUCGGCGGGAUCUUUACCUCAAGGAAAGUGAACAUCUUGCUAACACUGAGGGAAUGGUUGACGAACAAAUCACAAUCGCUGUCGAAACGAGAGAUCACCUCAAGAGUCAGCGGGAAGCAUUCAAGAUGAUACAGACUAAAGUGAACGACCUGUCCAACAGGUUCCCUCUCCUUAACACACUCAUGACCAAAAUAAACAUUCGUAAAAGGCGCGACAGUCUGAUUCUCGGCACCAUCAUUGGCUUGUGUUUAACUUUCAUGCUUUGGUGGAUGUUCUUCUAACAACGUGACUGCUUCACUCUCCUUCCCUGUAUGAGGAAAGGUAAUUGAUGAAAUACUGUAGUGCUAUUUUCUUCAUACUAAAGGAGGUGUUGAUUUAUGCUAUUAUAUAAUUGUUAUGCCUAUAUGCUGUUCUUUGUAACUUAUAUAAACAAUUUAUUGGUGAUAUUAUCCUUAAAGAAACACACACACACUCACACAGUUUUUGAUUAACCAGAUUUCUUUGAAGAGGAAUUCUACAAUAACUGGAUAUGUGAGAGGCACAAAAGUAGAGCGUAAACCUUCUAGAAUACUGUACAGUAUAUGAGAGCCUUGUAAACAAAGAUAUAGAUAAGAUGAAGUUGCCAGUAAGGUAGGGGCUCAUUAGAGGCACAUAAGGAGCAUUGUACAGUACACUAUGAUCUUGAUAACAUAUAAUCCAUAAUAUGAAUGUACUUGUAAGGUCAUGACCCAAUUUCCUAAUACAGUAAUACCCAAUUAUAAUGGAAAAUGAAGACUGAACUCAAGCCAAUAAGUUUGGGGUUCAUUAAGACUCAGAACCUAAUGGGUUCCAUGUUUUAAAACCCAAUUUUGAUGGAAAAUUAAGAUUUAGCUUUACACUAUACCAUUAACCACUUGUGAAAGGGGUCCCCUCACUGCUCAAUAUAAUCAUCUAGUGUUAGCCAAGUAAAAGACUAUUAAAAGUGGCGUCCCUAUAAUACCAUUCAAGUUAGGUGCUACUGGGACAGGGCAGCACAAGUCCUGAUUAUCCCUAGAUUUUAUGACACUAACAUUGUGAUUGUGCCAUUAUUCAUGGUUGACAGUACAGACCUACACACACUCAUAUAUUGUACAGUACUGUGUAUAUAAUCAUGGUUUAUUUGAUCCCUGUGUGAAGAACAUCAAUAGUUUUAGAAAGAUCUUUGUCUUGUGACUGGAAAAGUUUGACUUUAUUCAGACUUCCAGUUUAGCUAAGUUGCAAUUAAGUGAUGUUUACUGUGUGUGUGUGUGUGCAUGCAUGCAUGCGUGUAAAUAUACAGUACUGUAUAUCAAUAUUAAUACCGUACAGGAAUGAUUUACUGUAUAAUAAACUUUUUAUUGAUUAAUCUGAUGAUUCAUAAUAACAUUUGUUUCAUUCAAGUAGUCUGGUAAAAAUUGCUGUUAUAUAUCAGUACUGUCCAUUACACUUAUUGUAUUCUUAACAAUAUUAUCUAUAUUGUACAAUAUAAUUGUUUUAUAUGACUACAUUGAUAUAUCAUUGCAUAUCUGGCAAUCAUCAGAUGGCUUAAGUAAUUGGGCUGCUUGUUAAGGGGUUUUGGUAUUCAGUUAUCUGUAGUAAUAUGGUUAUGGUUCAUCUACAGUAUACUGUAUGUACCAGUCAUCAUUCCUUGCCAUAAACACCACCAACACAUAUGUAACAGUUGCCCUCUAGGGACAGUAGACCUGAUUGAGUCACUUUUGCUCAAUUAUCAUCAAGGCUACUCUCCAUCAUCUAGAUUUCAGGCCAGUUUGCUAUUUUGAAUUUCGAUCCAAGCCAUGUUACCAAGAUCAGACCCCGUCCAAGUGGCACUUCCCGGUACAGCUGUCAUAAUACACAAAGCCAAGUUUUAUGGCCCUGUUGUGACACAUCAGAGUACUGGCUCAUCUGUCACAAUGUAUUAAGACUACUGUACUCUCAGGUCUAAAUUGAUAAUUUCUUAAGGUUAGUGGACAUUCUUUACUAAUCUCUCGAAGGCCUGGCUGGUCUACAGUAUAUACUGUACUGGAAUGGUUAGCUUCAGUCUUCUGGUGCAAUAUCUUUCUCAGUUCACCUAUUAGUGUUUUUUUUUUCUUUAUGAGCAACAUCAUAGCCAUAGUCCUGGUGUUAGUUGGCUUAUGGCAAAGUGUAAACCAAUAAGCUAGUUGCUGGUUUGGGGCUCACUGGAGAACCAGGCUUGUUUCAGAAGCUUAUCUGAAUGCUAAAUCCUCCUUUCCUAGUUCAUUGAGGAUUUGGUAUGUUUACCUUUGAUAUUCAUGAUUUAAUCAUAUGUGAUCAUUCAGAGGGUCUCCAGUUAGCUCAUAUUGGUUAGGAUUGAUCUGUGAAGUGCCUUCCUGAUAAGUGUGUGAGAAUCUGUACCGCUAUUGUAGCUGCAGAUCAGAGGGAGCCCCACCAAUCACUUGGGAGAGCUUACAGUACUGUGAGCUGCUCUAGUCAGUUUUAGUCCCCAGGGGACACAGGCAAGGUAUAACUUAUGAAAAUACUCCCAUUGAUUAUUAAAAAAGCAGGUGAAUCAUAAAUGUGGUUUCAAUUAAAUUGUUAGGCGACCUAAACCUUUUGUGAAUAUUUUUCGUGUACUUGAUAUACCUUUGUGUUAUUGUGACUGAUUCUUUAGCUGGACUCAUGGUUAGAUAUUAAUAACUUAUGGGGGAAAAUAGGUUCCAUUCCUGAGCUCCUGAAGAGCCCAAACAAGUUUUAUAUCCUGCUGCUAUAAUGACGGUCCCUUUAUGAACUAGUGGGUAAGAUUUUCAGUCCUACUUGAACUUCAUGUUUCUUUUAAUCUUUUUCUUAAGAAUUAAGUAAAGAUACAGAGUUUUGUUGUGUCUCUCGUGGUACAUUAUAUCAUUCCCUUAGGUAUUAAGUGUUAGUUUUAGGUUUCAUGAUGGUGCAUUAAGUUUUGAAUGUGAUGGAUCAUUGGAAUUUUCCAAUAAUUCUGUGGGUAUUUUUCACUUUCUUACUUGCCUACACAGUAUUACAUAAUUUAUGCAUGGAAAUGAUUUCACCUGACUCUUCUCCCAUUAGACUAUUGGUCCAAUUUGUCUGGGGCUCUGAUGACCUUUGGCAAGUGGCCAGAGGUCCAAAGAUAUCACUAAAAGAUGGAGAUUGGGUGAGUUGGAAAAAUAUUACAAAUCUGACCCCAUGAACAGUAUAUAACAAAGGAUCAACUUUCCUUUAACAGGGUAUGUUAGUCUAACUGAUCCAUAAUGUACCUCCACCACCUUCUUGCCUACCAGGCUUUGGGUUAUGGUAUGAGAGCUACAUGACAAAGGAUAAUCACCAAAGUGGAAGAAUAACUCUGAAAACCUCUUUUUCUGUCAGAACUUGUAGCCAGAAUCACUCCCCUCCUCUCUCUUAGUAACUUAGCUGACUGAAACAACUUGCACAAUAGCAGAUAAUCAGGUGCCUAUUGAUCAGUCUUUGCUCUGGUUAUACCUUCCUCCUGGAGGACAACUGUUGUAUAUCUCCCUCAUUUGAGUUUGGCAAUGUCACUGGGUAUGGAAGUGUAAUUGUUUUAUCCAAAUACAUCAAUAAAUCAUCCCUAGCUACAUUGUGAGGUAAUAUCUGAAUACCAUAAACCUCCACAAAGAUUGUUACAGGCAACACCUGACUGUAGGUUCUGUCAGAAAAGGGAAUUGAAGAUCAAUGAUUCAUUUUAAGCAAUAAUGUAAGAAUUUAACCUUAUUAUCAUCUCUGAUUUUAAUGAAAUAUCCAAAGCACCAUUUACUAUGAUGACAUUCAGCAAUCAACUUAGAGCAUUAUAUGGUAGUUGGAGGGCGGCCAUGUUAGCGCUUGCAAUUAAACUAACCAUUUUUGCCAUGGCGCUUUUAAAUUUAUUGCAAUUUUAACCUAUUUGUGUGAUGGUUUUCAAUGUGGUGUAUUACUUCUCUCAAUAUGUUAAUACAUUUAUUUUUAAGAAACAACCACUAGUUCUCUCACUAUGCUAUUAUCAUUGCACUGGUUGGAAUUUCUCUAUUUCUUCUAAUUAUGUUUUGAUACCGUUCCUUCCUCUUAAGCAAUUGAAGGGCGUGUAUUUUUUGGUUGCAAAUGUACUGCCCAGGUUCGAGUGUAAUUGCAAGGUCUAAAAAUGCUUGAUUUGAUUGUUCAGUAAAUAUUAUUUGGACAUUUCAGUUUGGAAGUAAUUGGAGUGCAUGUUGACAAUGUUAUCACCCACAGAGGUAGCCAGAAGGGUGUCGUGUAGAGUAUGUAUGUAUGUAUAUAAUUGUAAUGUUCUUGGAUUGUCGAUUGUCUCUUCAGUCCUUUGAGAUAUAUUUAUAAAUAUAGCUAAAAGUAAAUA